AUGUUUAAUCCGGAACUUUCACUUAAAAAAAUAGCUUUGAAGAAACUUACACAGCCAAGUUUAAAGCGCCGUCUAUUUCAUUAGUUCGUAAGAAGUAAAGUAGAAAUAACAAGAAAUUUACUUGUUCAAAGAGCACAUUAGAAGUUUAUUUUUGCCAGAUUUUACUUCGAAAAUCUCUCAAAGAGAGCACUUUAAGCUAAUAUAAGUCUAAAAAAGAAACCAAUACCUAUUGAUAAGUAGUCUCCUUAAUUCAAGCAGAAAAAGGUUCUAUAGUUUAAAGUAAAAAGCUUUGAGAAGAAGUUGAUAUUGCUCAGGUAGCACAAGAUCCAAAAGAAUACAUACUUUCGUAUACUUGUAAACAAGCUAGCUUACUUAUACCCUCACCUAUCACUUCAUUAAAUGUAUGAUGCUCUUUUCCACUAUCUUAAACAAUUUUUUCUAUCCCCUUGGCAUAUAUUGAAGUAUAUCAUGAACUUAGAAUCCAUGCAGAUGAUGAAUAAAUAUUUUAUGACUACCAGAAUAAUAUACAACCUUGGAUACUAUGGUAGAAUUACAGGCAUUAAGUUGAAGUUUCUAUGGGAUACUUUGAAUCAUUAUCUCUUAUUAAAGUCGACAUUAAGGCUUAUUUGGAACUAGAAACUUGUGUUCGGUCUAAUUGGUUGGUACUUAUCCUAUUUCCUCUACUUUAGAUAAAAAUACUUCAUAAAUCAUACAACAGGCGAGAUUUACUUCUAGCAACUUGCUAAUAAAUACGACUAAAAGGUAAAAGAGUAGCUUAUAUUGUAGGUAAAUUAAAAUGUCUUCGGAAAUGAAAACCUACCUCCAAAGGUUGCUCCUUUAUUAGUUGAGCUCGUCGAAAAUCCUAAGAUUAAGACAUUGAUGACAGAUCUGUUUAUUAAGCUACUUCAUAACAAAGGGUUUUUAGAGGACACUAAUAAACUAAUUUCAAAGAUAAUACAUGAAUAUUUGAACUCUAAACAUUGCGAAGAGAAAUUUAUGGACUUAAUUAUUGAAUAAGUUCUAAGGAAUCAUGAGGUGAUAUUACCAGGGAUGUAUAGAUUAUUAAAGAAUUAUGUAUUAAUUGAUAGUAGAGAUGAACUUACAGUAUAAGCUUCUGAUGUACUUUUGAAUGUUCUAUAAAUAUAAGGAGUAGUGAAUACAGUAGUUGAGAAUGUAAUUAGAGAGACUGGUAAUGCUCUUGAAAACAAGGUUGUAAUUGAUGCAGCAGUAUAGGCAGCUUUGAAAAAUUUGAAUGAUUGA